AUGGCGGUGAAGUCUUUGUUGAGCGUCGGGCUGUUGGCCUCGGGCGCUGCGGCCGCUGCGACUGUCGGUCAUCUCUUCCCAGACUGCGCCAAGGGGCCUCUGUCCAACAACACCGUAUGCAACACGUCGGCAGGCAUCACGGAGCGAGCCCGGGCACUUGUGGCCGCUUUCACCAACGAGGAGAAGUUCGACCUGGUCAACAAUGCUUCGCCAGGCGUGCCUCGCUUGGGGCUGCCCAGUUACCAGUGGUGGCUCUGUCUUCCAACAGAGGAGGCCCUCCACGGCCUUGCGUCGAGUCCUGGCGUCACCUUCAACACCAACAGAUCGCAGGACUACUCCUCGGCCACUUCGUUCCCUCAGCCGAUCCUGAUGGGCGCCGCUUUCGACGAUGCCCUCAUCCGUGCGGUCGCUACGGUCGUGAGCACCGAGGCUCGUGCCUACAACAACACCCCGAACAUCAACCCCUACCGCGACCCCCGUUGGGGCCGUGGACAGGAAACACCGGGCGAGGAUGCCUUCCACAUCAAGUCGUAUGUCAAGGCGCUCAUCCGCGGACUCCAGGGAGAGAUCGGCGACAAGUACAUUAAGGUGGUCGCAACGUGCAAGCACUUUGCCGGCUACGACAUUGAGAACUGGGCGGGCAACGAGCGAUAUGCGUUCAACGCCGUCAUCAGCCCACAGGAGCUCAACGAGUACUUCAUGCAGCCCUUCCAGGCCUGCGCGCGCGAUGCCCGUGUCGCGUCCAUCAUGUGCUCCUACAACGCGCUCAACGGCGUGCCGACCUGCGCCGACAGCUACAUCCUGCAGGACGUGCUGCGGGAGCACUGGGACUGGCAGGAGGAGGGGUUCUACGUGACCUCGGACUGCGACAGCAUCCAGAACAUCUACAGCCCGCACAACUACACCGACACCCGCGAGAGCUCGGCUGCUGCGGCACUCGUGGCAGGCACUGAUCUGGACUGCGGUACCUACUACCAGCUGCAUCUCCCCGAGGCCUACAAGCAGGGCCUUUUCAACGACUCGAUCAUCGAUCAGGCCCUGGUUCGCCUGUACUCAGCCCAGAUUAGGCUGGGCAUGUUCGAUUCCGCAGACGGACAGCCAUACCGUGCCCUGACCUACGGCGACGUCAAUACCAAAGCCAGCCAAGCAUUAGCACUCCGUGCGGCAGAGGAGGGCAUCGUCCUCAUCAAGAACGAUGGUCUCCUGCCUCUAUCCAUCCCUGCGAACGGCAACACCACAAUCGCUGUCAUCGGCGGGUGGGCCAACGCCACGACCACCCUUCAGGGCAACUAUGCCGGCAUCGCGCCCUUCUUGCGCUCGCCGCUCAUGGCCGUCAAGGACAUCCCUGGCGUGUCCACCACCUACUACGGUAGCCCCGGCGAUCCGACCACCGACGGCUACCCGCCCUCUCUCGCGGCCGCGAAGGCCGCCGACAUCAUCAUCUACGCCGACGGAUCCAACAGCGGCGAGUCCAACGAUCGCAACCUGAUCCGCUGGUCUGGAGAGCGCCCCCUUCAUCCUGCUGCAAUGGGUGACCAGCUCGACGACACACCUUUCCUCAACCACCCCAACGUCAGCGCCAUUCUCUGGGCCGGCUUCCCCGGCCAGUCUGGUGGUGACGCCAUCGUCAACAUCCUCACCGGCAAGACUGCGCCCGCCGGUCGCCUGCCUGUCACCCAGUACCCGGAGCAUUACGUCGACGAAGUUCCCAUGACCGACAUGAGCCUCCGGCCAAACGCGACCACGGGCAACCCCGGGCGCACGUACAUGUGGUACAACCAGUCGGUCGUAGACUUCGGGUUUGGUCUGCACUACACCAACUUCGCCACCUCAGUCGAGUCCUCCUCCUCCAGCGACAACAGCUCGUCAAGCUUCGCCAUCUCCGACCUCACCAAGGACUGCCACGAGAAGUACCCCGAUCUCUGCCCCUUCCGCACCGUCCCCAUCACGGUCCGCACCGUCCCCAUCACGGUCCGCAACACCGGCAACGUCACCUCGGACUUUGUGACGCUAGGCUUCAUGGCCGGCGCGCACGGCCCGGAGCCGCGGCCCAUUAAGAAGCUCGUCGCGUACGAGCGGCUCUUCGCCGUCGCAGGCGGCGCCUCCGCUACCGCGCACCUGAACCUCACCCUCGGCAGCCUGGGCCGGCACAGCGAGGCCGGCGACCUGGUCGUCUACCCGGGCGAGUACAGCCUGCUCGUAGACGUGCCCACGCAGGCGAUGUGGAACUUCACGCUCACGGGCGACGAGCUCACGCUCGAGCAGUGGCCGCAGGGUCCCCAGCAGCGGGCGUACCAGAAUGUGUACGGGCAGACAGGGGAUGUCUACGGUGAUCUGCACGAGGCGCAGAGUCUGCUGUUCUGAGGAGACUGAACAAUCACCCGAGGACAAUAGUAGUGAUAGUGCAU